AAACAUGGAUCCCAUCCUACUUUUCUUUGCAACCUUCUUCCCACUACUGUCUCUUGCAUUCCUUAUAUUCUACAAAAAAUCUAAUUAUGCCUCGAACCCUAACCUUCCGCCCGGCAGGAUGGGAUUUCCAUACAUCGGUGAAAGCAUCGAGUACCUCUUAACAGGUCGAAGGGGUCACCCCGAGAAGUUCUUAAAAGAUAGAAUGGCCAAAUACUCUUCGCAAGUCUUCAAAACUUCGAUAUUCGGAGAACCCAUGGCCGUCGUAUGCGGGGCUGUCGGUAACAAAUUCUUGUUCUCCAACGAAAACAAGCUCGUCACUUCGUGGUGGCCGGAUUCCGUGAACAAGAUUUUCCCUUCUUCAACGCAAACGAGUUCGAAAGAAGAGUCGAUCAAGAUGAGGAAAAUGCUGCCUAAUUUCCUAAAACCAGAAGCCUUGCAAAGAUACAUAGGGAUGAUGGAUAUGAUUGCCCAAAGACACUUCGAAGCCAGUUGGGAAGGCAAGCAAGAAAUAACAGUGUUCCCACUUGCCAAAAGAUACACCUUUUGGGUGGCUUGCAAAGUGUUUCUAAGCAUAGAAGACCCCGUCCAUGUAUCUAAAUUAGCCGACCUUUUCAAUGCUUUAGCCGCCGGAAUCAUUACCGUCCCCAUUGACUUACCGGGAACACCUUUCCGGCGAGCUAUCAAUGCUGCUGAAACCACCAGGAAGGAGUUGAUGGCGAUCAUCAAGCAAAGAAAGAUGGAUCUCGCAGAAAAUAAAGCAACCCCAGACCAAGAUAUAUUGUCCCACAUGUUGCUUGCAACCGAUGAGAAGGGGCAGUACUUGAAUGAAUUGAACAUUGCUGAUAGGAUCCUGGGUUUGCUGAUUGGUGGUCACGAUACUGCCAGUGCUACCGUUACUUUCAUUGUCAAGUAUCUUGCUGAGCUUCCUAACAUCUACAACGAGGUUUACAAAGAACAAAUGGAGAUAGCAAGAUCAAAGAAAGAAGGGGAGAUGCUAAACUGGGAAGACAUAAAAAAGAUGAAAUAUUCAUGGAACGUAGCCUGCGAAGUGAUGAGACUUGCGCCUCCGCUUCAGGGUGCUUUCAGAGAGGCCAUCACCGACUUCACCUUCGCUGGUUUCUCCAUUCCCAAGGGCUGGAAGUUGCAUUGGAAUGUGAAUUCAACCCACAAAAACCCCGAGUGCUUCCCUGAGCCAGAGAAGUUCGAGCCUGCAAGAUUCGAAGGCAGUGGACCAGCUCCUUACACAUUUGUCCCCUUCGGAGGAGGACCAAGGAUGUGUCCUGGGAAAGAGUACGCUCGUCUGGAGAUACUGGUUUUCAUGCACAAUGUAAUCAAAAGGUUUAACUGGGAAAAGCUGAUACCUGAUGAGAUGAUAAUAGUGGAUCCACUCCCCAUGCCUGCUAAAGGACUCCCUGUUCGCCUCCUUCCCCAUUAAUCCCAACAUGCAACUUAUUUUCUCUUCAGCAAUUUCAAUAAUUAAGACAUCACAGUCUUAGCUCUCUCAAACAAGCAAAGCAAACCAUUUCACUGCUAUUCCUUCCCUUGUUGUUUCUCUCUUCUUCUUUCUUCAUCUUUAAAUCUUAAGG